GGGAAAACGACUGGGGAUUAGGGCACACCGUGCUGGGGAUUAAUUCAAGCCUCACACGGGCUAGGCAUGAGCCAGACCACUUUGAAUCACAUCUUGGACUCCCUUACCUUGACCAUGAGCUCCUCACCCAUCAUCACAUGCCCUCACCCCUUCCAGGCCCCCCGGAGCUCGCCAGCCUGGAAACUCCUGGAUGUGACCAUGGAGGACCUGGGUGAUGGGAGCCCCCACACCUCUCCGGCCUCCUCUCCCCGCAGCCUGGACGUGCGGCGUCUGUCCACGCGCGUCGACUCGGCCUACAGCUCCUUCUCUGCGGACUCCGGUGGCCCUGAGCCCUGCCCGGGGUCGCCAGGUCCCUUUCUCCCCUGCUUAACCGGGGACUACACGCGCGUGGUGGUGAGCGAUCCUCCCGCAUCCUCGGAGCCCCAGCCCGCGGCGGCUGCAUGCAGCUGCAGCGGCCAGGGACCCUCCCCAGAGCCGCUGAGCAGACUGGCCACCCCGCUGCUGUUCGCGCUGGCGGCGGAGGUGGCGGCUGCGGCGCGGGCGGCUGAACCGCCCAGUCCACCGGCCUCGCGGGCCGCCUACCGCCUGCGUCUGCAGGGCGCACAGAGGCGAGUGCUGCGGGCCACGUCCUUCCAGCGCAAGGAGCUCCGCCUGGGCCCGCGCGCCCCCGCCGCAUCCCCGCGCUCCGCCUCGCUGAGCGGGGACCCCGAGCCGCGCUGCCGCCCCUCCAUGCCGGGAUCUACCGGCUGGGGACGCUUGAACAACCCGCCGCGGAAAUGGUGCUUCUCCGAGCCAGAGCCAGAGCUGCAGCCUGGGGAACUGGGGCCUGUGCAGAGGGGCGGCCGGGCGGCGGCACAGGGGGACUCGAGGAUGCUCUCCAGGCGGGAACCCCAGCAUUUGCAGUCUCGAGAAUCGACAGAGUUUGAAGGUCCUGAGAUCAGAAAGCCUCCCGAGAACCCCCGAGGCCUUAAGGCUCCAGAACCCGCCACUUGGAAGCUCUCCCCCGCCUACAGGCCUUCCAGUGGCCGUCGGAGAGCUUCUGGCGAAUUCACAGGCCCAUUUGGAGAUGCAGGGAGAACCGUGCCCUCUGUCCAGGCUACUCCACAAGAUGCAGAAACUUCUAGACCAGUAUUGCAUGCUAGAGUUCCCAGGGAGUCUGCAGGUGAUCUUAUUCUGACUUGUAGAGCACCUUCCCAAAAAACUUCAUUAUCGGGAAGGGAGGAAAGCCCAGCAGUGUUGAGGAAAGCAUUGCUUGCUCAUAGCAUAUACCCUCAGCCCGAGAUUUCUGACUUCUGCAAACAACGUCCACUAUUUUCCCAGCACCCCACUACCUAUCUAUGCGCCCUAUUCCACCGAUUUAUCCUAGUGCUUUUAUUCUGGUCAUUGGAUUUCAUUUGGAUCUCACUCCUUUCCAGGUUUCUGGCCCAGAUGGAAUCUGCAGUUGGGUAUCCUGCAGAGGGCCCUCAGAGCAGAUCUGCUGGUUGUGUGAAGAGGAUGUCAGAGGCCUGCAUUGGAUCUGCAGGAUGUCCCUCUCGUCCUGAUGAUGAAGUUUUUCUGGAAGAAGCCCCGCUGGUCAGAAGAAGAUCAGCUGCAGACUCCCAUGUCCCACGAAAGCUCCCUGCCAGUAUCCAUGCCUUGGACCAGCUGCCUGGAGUUAGUUUGGACCAAAGAGCUAACCAGGCUCCAGUAUCCCCAGAAAAUUCCUUCUCCAAGUGCCUGGAGACCUCAUCAGCUUGUGACUGUUGGCAGGAGGUGAGCCGUCCUGUGGCCACCAAGCUCACAUGUUGUAGUCCUCCUGAGAUGGCAAAUGGUGACAACCCUCCCACUGGCCACACCGAACUGCUAAACACUGGCCUCUUCACGACUGCAGAAUGCGAUCCCUUCAAAUCUCUUCCAGCUGAUGCCUUGGGAACUCAAGGCAGUGGUAUCUCAGGGCCCCCUAACCACAUUGCCUCAGCCUGGUGCAUGACUCAGCCUGGUUCCAGUGCCCGCCUUGAGGAGCUCAUCAAGGAGCUGGCUAGACUGGACCCCUCUCUGAGUGACACUCUCACGUCCUAUCCCAGCCCACCCUCUAUCCCCCUGGCCUUGCUAGAUGGGCUGAUUCCCUUAGCCGAAGUCCGGGCUGCAAUGAGGUCAGCUGGUGGGGAGGCUGGAGAGGACCCUGCUGCUGCUGCUUCUGCUUCUGAGACAGGGUCCUAUCCGUUUAGCUCCACCUUGUUCCUGUCAACUUCUCAGGAGGAGACAAAGCCUGUGCCUAACCAGGCUUGUGGCCAGGUUUUCCCUGGGCCUAAACAGCUCAUCCAGGCCAAGAAAGAGGAGCUGGCUGAGCUCCUCAGAGAGAUGCUGUUGGACCUGGAGGCUGAGCGGAAGCAGCUGCAGAGGGUAUCGGAGGCCUGGGCUCUGCGCAGGGCUGCUCUGGAGGCCGUGAUUGGCCAGGCCUGUGCGCCCCGAGAGCUUGAGCGCUUCAGCCGAUUCCUGACGGACCUUGAGCGCGUUCUGGGCCUUUUGUUGCUGCUGGGCAGUCGCCUGAGCCGCGUGCACCGUGCAUUGGGCCGGCUGGGUGCAGACUGUGACCCCGACGAACAGGCCUCCCUGCAGCAACGGCUGGGACUCCUGCAGAGGCAGCAAGAGGACGCACGGGAGCUGCGGGAACAUGUGGCACGGCGGGAGCAGGCCCUGUGCGAGGUGCUGGCGCGUGCCCUGCCAACACAGGAGCUGCGCACCUACCGCGCCCUCUUGGCGGGCAAGGCCGCAAUCCUGGCCCAGCAGCGAAGCCUGGACGAGCGGACGCGGCUCCUUCAGGACCAGCUGGACGCCGUGAGGAGCGACCUUGGCCAAAGCCCCCUGGUUCCCAGGGCCCCGCCCUAG